ACAUCAUAAAUUCAUUAGUUAAAAAAUGUGAGGGGUCAUUUCUUUAUGCGCAUCAUGCACAACUAAGCUUGAAAGAAGAGAAUAUUGAACUUACAAACGAGAAUAUUGAACAAUUGGUCCCUAGUGGGUUAAGCCGUGUUUACACAAAGCAAUUUAAAAGAGUAAAAGAAUUGUUAACGAAGGAAAGUCCCAGAAAUUCUGUUUUCUCAGAAACUACUUUCAUGCAAUUUCUUGAAUUGUUGGCUGCCUGUCGGGAGUUUUUACCAUUAACUUUACUUUUUAGCUAUUUAUGUUUUUCUGGUGACAUCAAGUUUGAAGUCCGCAGUAAAAUCAUUGAACUGUUAUCUCAAAUUUUGCCAGUUUACGAUGAUUGUUUAACCGUGUAUCACAAAUCUCUAAUUGACUGGUUGAAAUCAGAUGGUUAUGAACAGCAUGAGUUUACAGUUGAUCCAACAAAUGGUCAUAAGUUCUUAUGGCAUGCUUGUGAGAAAGUGUUUAAACACAUCAAGUCGAUGAACAUUUUUAAAGAUCAGAUGAACACUGCUAUCAUUAAAUAUGCUUUGAAGAGUGGAAUCUAUCAUAUGUUAAAAUGUGGGGAAAAUGUUGACUUAAGCUGGGCAGUAGAUGUCAAAGUGUUUUUUGCGAGGUUAAUGAUUGUGGGAGACAUUAACGUUUAUACCAUUAGGUCUGAAUUGUUUGAAAUUAUUAAGGAUCUACAAACUUUCUUGGGAAAAGAUGUACUUGAGGAACAACUAUUUAAAUUGUUAAUGAUAAUAACAAAUAACAUGGAUAAGUUUCGUGAUAGCUCAUCGUUAGCUAAUGGAUUAGCUUAUUUACAAGUUAUUGCAAACAGAAUUCAUAACAGUAACGAAAGAAGAUUAUUGGCAAAGGAUUUAUUGAAACAAGGAAAGUUUUUUGGUUUGAGGAUUUAGACUCAACAUAUUUAACAAACCAUCAUCAUUUGACUGUCUCCUUGCGUGCUAACGUUACAUCUCUUUGUGUGUCGUCCAAUGAAGAACUUCUUGCUGUAGGAUAUGAAAAUGGUCAAAUAUCUAUUUUGAGCUUCCAGAAUUCAAACAACGAUGCACUCUAGGCACUGCACUCGAUGAUUCAAGGUUGGAUAAGUGGGAUGAUGUAGACACAUUUAUGUCCCUGUAUGACAAGUAUGACUUUCCAACAUUAUUUAACUAUGGUUUUGUACGUGGAAACAUCUGUUGUUGCUCUUUUCACCUACCGGAAAUAGACUGGUAACUAGUGAUGGAUCUACUGAAGUAAAGUUGUGGGACGUUAACAAUGGACGUUUGUUAUUAUGUUUACAGUCAGAUGAUGUCGUUAAUCGUUGCUCUUUCUCAGAUUCUGGUUUGUUUAUUACAGCAAGAUAUGAUGGAAUUUCUUCUAAAGAUGUGUUCACUGCAUGGAAUUCAUUAACUUUGCAAAGAAUUGAUCAACGAUGCGUUGUUGAUUACCAAAAUCUACAAUACACAGAUAAAUAUUCAGAGUUCUUUGUUAUAGUCAUUGGACGGCUUUCGUAUGUUUUUCAAUUCCCAAAGGCAAUCGAUAUUUUUUCAAAGAGAAAGAAAUAUUUACCUUUACAUUUAAUGAUAACACACCAUUAUCGUGAUUGUAUUUUUUAUCAUACAAACCAGAAUGGAAAGCUUUCUGAAAUCAUUCAGUUGACAAAAUACAACGAUCAAGGAGAAAUCGUGUUUUGUUUACCACAUGUUAGGUGUCCAUGUGUUUAUAGGAAUCUUAAAAGUCCAUCCCAUCUCGUUUAAGGAAUUUUACGUUGUGCCGUAUUUUUCCAAGCUUAAAGUUUUCAAAACUGAUCAUCUUUGGAGACCUUCAUUUAUCUUUGAGGAAUUUGAAAUUAAAUGUUGUUGUUUUUCACCGGAUGGAUCUUUUUUUGCUGCUUUCGCUGUUGGUGACCACGUCAACAUUCAUAUUUGGAACAUUGAACGUUGCACUAUUAUUCAAACUGUACCAAUGCAACUGAAGAAUGCAUUAGGAUGUUGGUGGUCAUAUGGUUUACUGUGGAUAUGGGAUGGUUCUGAUCAUCUUAUGAAGAUAUCAACUUCGUCUGAAAAUUUUGUAGAAUCUACUCAAGCAAAGCAUGUUAACAUUGGAUUUAAACCUAAGAAAAUCUUAACAUUUGGUGAUGUCUUAGUUUGUACUGACAAAGAAAAGUUUGUUCAAGUUGUUAGAAUUACCAAGGGUGAGAUACAAUACAACAAAAGACUUCCUGUCCAUAGUUCAAAAGUUAAAGCAGCAGCUGUAUCACCUGAUAAUUCUGUUAUUUUAACUGUAAACAAAACAGAAUACACAAUAUGGAAAUGGGAAAAUAACAAGAAUGAACUUUACUUGAAACCUUGGUAUACUGCAGAAAUACCCAUAACGUCUUUUAUUGAAAAAUUUGUUCCAAAACAGGUAACUGUGAAAGAUCUAGAGUUGAACUGCUGUAUAAGUGAUAGUAAACAAGCAGUCAUAGCAUUUUGCCAAUACACCAAAAUUAGAGGCAUUUAUGUCAUUAAUGUUCACGAGAACGGUGAUGUGAAUGAGAUUUUGCAUGAUGUGAGUGGAUAUUUAUUGGAAUCCAACCUAAUCGUACACAAAUCUUAUUGCAUUGGAGUGCGUCAUAUGUCAUUGGUUGCUAGAGAUUUAAAGAGUGGUGAAGUAUGCGCUAAAUUUGAGGAAAGACGUUUUGCAGUGUCUCGUAUAACUAUGCAUUCCAAUACAGGAACUUUAGCUAUUGUUGAGAGUUUAAAGUACAGAAUUCAAUUUUUAAAACUUAAUGUUCCUGAAUAAAUAUAUCAACUCAAAUUUUAAUAGUAAAUUCAAAAACCUUUUGAGAAAAUUGGACAUAGAUGUUGAUGGUCGUAAGGAUGAUUGCUUGUUUCCACCUACUAUAGUUUUCUACAGAAGAAGUAUACUUAUUCUGCCAGGCAAUCUUUAAAAAAUUUUCUAUAUUUGCCAAAAAUAAAUUUGGACCAAUUUUGCAAAAGAUGUUUUAAAUUUAUCGGUACUAUUUCUUGGAAUGUCUUACCUCCUGCUAUUAAAGAAUCUAAAACAUUAUCUAUGUUUUACAAUAAUCUGAAACGAUGUAUAAUUGCUUUUUAUAACACAAAUGACUUGUAUUUAAAAAGAGCGCUUCUAUACUAAUUGAUCAUGAAUAUUUGUUUAUUCCUUUCUAAGAUUCUACUUGGAAUCUUCAUAAAUGAAUUGUCAUUUAAACAGGGCAUCCUCAAGAUUUGACUACUGCUGUAAGAUGCUCUGUCAAACUUAUUAUUAUGUAUUGUACCUCUGAACAAAUUUCAUGUUGAUGAUUUACUUUUUAAUAAAAAUGUAUGGUUA